AUGCAUAAGGAAGAUAGACCUUAUGAAUGUACAGAGUGUGGAAAAAUGUUCCCGGGAAGCUCAGAUCUAAUUCGUCAUUGGAUAAUUCAUAUUGGAGAGAAACCCUAUGAAUGUAGAGAAUGUGGGAAAGCCUUUAGGCAAAGGGCACACCUUGUUACACAUCAGAAAAUUCAUACUGGAGAGAAGCCCUAUCAUUGUAAUGAGUGUUGGAAAGCCUUCAGGCAGCAUUCCCUCCUUCUUCAACAUUAGAGAAUCCAUAGAGGUGAGAAACCCUAUGAAUGUAAGGAAUGUGGAAAAACCUUCAUCUGGCACGCAGCUUUCAUUAAGCAUCAAAGACUGCAUACUGGAGAGAAACUUGAAAAAAAUGAGAAAAUCUUCAGGAAGAUUGAUUUGCAUAGGGAAGAGCACAAAGAGAAUAUUUAUCAGUGUAAUCAGUGUGGCAGAACUUUCCGAAGCAGCUCAGAUCUCAUCAGACACCAGGUCAUUCAUUCAGGAGAGAAGCUAUAUGAAUGUAAAGAAUGUGGAAAAACUUUCAGUCAGAACUCUGACCUUAUGAGACAUCAUAGAAUUCAUAGUGGAGAAAAACCUUAUGUGUGCAAUAAAUGUGGAAAAUCAUUUAGGGGCAGCUCAGACAUUAUUAAACACCAUUAUGUUCAUACUGGGGAGAAACCCUAUAAUGAAUGCUCUGAAUGUGGGAAGGCUUUCAGUCAGAACUCACACCUCACUAGUCAUCAGAGAAUUCACACUGGAAAGAAACCCUUUGAAUGUAGCAACUGUGGAAAGGCCUUCAGUGGGCACACAUCUUUUCUUGAACAUCAAAAACUUCACACUGGAAAUGAAUUGGGGGAACCUGAGAGAAUCGUCAAAUAG